CCCAAUAACAGGUGCACAUUCCUGGGCGCCUCGUCACUUCCCCUGCGCUGGCUGUCCUGGCGGCUCACCCAAGCGGACUCACUGAGCGACGCGGGCGGGCUAUGAUCCCAGGGGCACUGCUACUGCUGCUGCUGCUGCUGCUGCUGCUGCUGCUGCUGCUGCUGCUGCUGGGGGCGUUGGGGGCGCCGUUCGCCCCGGGCGCCCGCGGCUCAGAGGCGGAGGGCCGACUCCACGAGAAACUUUGCUCGGGCUAUGAUAGCUCGGUGAGGCCGUCGUGGGAGGUGCGAGACUGCGUCGGGGUCAGCAUUGGUCUCAGCCUAGCGCAAUUAAUCAGCCUGUACGAGAAGGAUGAGGAGAUGAGCACAAAGGUCUGCUUAGACCUGGAGUGGACUGACUACAGGCUGAGCUGGGACCCUGAGGAGCAAGAGGGCAUCGAUUCACUCCGCAUCACUGCCGAAUCCGUGUGGCUACCAGACGUGGUGCUCCUAAACAACAACGACGGAAAUUUUGAUGUUGCUCUGGACAUCAGCGUCAUGGUGUCGUCCGACGGCUCCGUGCGCUGGCAGCCCCCGGGCAUCUAUCGCAGCAGCUGCAGCAUCCAGGUCACCUACUUCCCCUUUGACUGGCAGAACUGCACCAUGGUGUUCAGUUCCUAUAGCUAUGACAGCUCAGAAGUCAGUCUGCAGACCGGCUUGGGUCCCGAUGGGCAGGAGCGGCAGGAAGUGCAUAUUCAUGAAGGCAACUUUAUUGAGAAUGGUCAAUGGGAGAUUAUUCACAAGCCUUCUCGGCUAAUCCAGCCUCCAGUGGAUCAUAGGGGAGGGGGGGAAAGGCGGCGUGAAGAAGUCACCUUGUACCUCAUCAUUUGCCGGAAGCCUCUCUUUUACCUGGUCACCGUCAUUGCCCCAUGCAUCCUCAUCACUCUUCUGGCCAUCUUCGUCUUCUACCUGCCACCAGAUGCAGGAGAGAAGAUGGGGCUCUCGACCUUUGCCCUGCUGACCCUUCCUGUGUUCCUGCUGCUGCCGGCAGACAAAGUGCCUGAGACCUCCCCGUCUGUCCCCAUGAUUAUCAAAUACCUCAUGUUUACCAUGGUCCUCGUCACCUUCUCAGUCAUCCUUAGCAUCGUAGACCUCAACCUGCACCAUCGCUCACCCCACACCCACCAAAUGCCCCUUUAGGUCCGUCAGGUAUCGCUCCUCCCUCCCACCAACUUCAACCUUCCCUUUCACAGACCUGAGGGAGAACUACAACUCCUGGUAGAGUGUCAAACAGAUCUUAUCCACAAACUCCCUCCGUAUCUGGGUCUGAAGAGACCCAAACCUGAGAGAGACCAGAAACCGGAGCCACCUCCUAUACCUCUCAGGGAUUCUCCAGGAAGUGGCUGGGGUCGGGGAACAGAUGAAUAUUUCAUCCGCAAGCCACCAAAUGAUUUUCUCUUCCCCAAACCCAACAGGUUCCAGCCUGAACUGUCUGCCCCGGCCCUGCGGCGAUUUACCGAUGGUCCACACCGGGCUGUGGGCCUGCCUCCCGAGCUACGGGAGGUCGUUUCCUCAAUCAGCUACAUCGCUCAACAGCUGCAGGAACAGGAGGACCACGACGCGCUGAAGGAGGACUGGCAGUUUGUGGUCAUGGUGGUGGACUGCCUCUUCCUGUGGACCUUCAUCAUCUUCACGAGCGUCGGGACCCUCGUCAUCUUUCAGGACGCCACGUACCACUUGGCCCCUCCCGACCCCUUUCCUUGA